AGGUUUGUUUGUGCCUCUCUCUACCGCCUGAAACGGAAAAACUCGACCCACCUGUCAAACUAUGACUGGUCAGCUGAAUGCUGGAGUAUCAGAUAGAUUUUCCGCGAUCCACUGCCGCUCAACUUUUUUUUUUCUGAGUCUAGAAAUUUAUCUUCAAGGCGGGUUCAAAGUCGUGAACAGAGAGCCAAGUUCACGGCGUCGCCACAAUGUCGUCCUUUUUCACUGUUCCAGGUGCGCAGAAGAAGCGCAAGCGUACUGAGACGGUAGAGCAGCCAAAGAAAAGAGUUGCGGCUUCAAAAUCUGCUGGAAAGACACAUUCGAAGAAUGCCGGCCCCACCAAAAAGCGAGACGACGAGUCUAUCUCUGGGAGCGAUUCAGACGAUGACGAGAGCUACGACAGCGCCUCAGUCGCGAGCGACGUGGAAAUGGAAGACAACGAGUCGGAUGACGAGGAGGGUGAGACUGCCGCCGAGCGAAGAUUGCGGCUAGCAGAGCGAUACCUCGAGAAUGUCAAGGAGCAUGUGGACGAAGCCGGUUUUGAUGCUGCCGAUAUUGACCGAGAUCUGAUCGCCGAGCGACUGCAGGAGGAUGUAGCAGAGGGGAAGGGUCGAGUAUAUCGCCAAUUGGCCUCAGAAUUGGACUUUGACAACGCGUCGCGCACAUUCUUCCGAAGCAACACCAAUACCGUCACCGCUAUCGCUAUAUGCGCCCCCUACAUCUACACCACGACGAAGGAUCUAUAUCUACAAAAAUGGAAGACCCAAGAUCUCCCACAACACCAGUACCCACAGACAACCAAGCGGAAGCCAAAGAAGCCCCCGGCGCCUCCGAGGAAGCGGCCUGAACUGGAGGCGUGGUUAAAGGGAAACACGACAAAGUCAAAAGACAAAAACUACCAACGCCAUACUGACCGUAUUCUUGCCGUUGCAGCCUCUCCCGACGGUAAAUAUGUAGCUACUGGUGGCGCAGAUCGGAAGCUUAUUAUCUACGACGCCCAUGCCCUCAAGCCCAUCAAGGUUUUCACACAUCACAGAGACGCCGUUACCGGACUCGUCUUCCGAAGAGGAACGAACCAGCUUUAUUCAUGCUCCAAGGAUCGCACGGUCAAGGUCUGGAGCUUAGACGAAAUGGCCUACGUUGAAACGCUGUUUGGUCACCAGGACGAAAUUCUCGAUGUCGAUGCCCUCGCGCAAGAGCGAUGUGUUAGCGUUGGUGCACGAGACCGUACUGCGCGUCUCUGGAAGGUCGCUGAGGAGACGCAACUUGUCUUCCGCGGUGGUGCUGUAGACAAGAAGUCGCGUCCCACGGGUGUUCACCCUCGAUCUCUCCUCCACGAAGGUAGCAUGGACCGUGUCGCCAUGAUCGACGAUGAUCUCUUCGUCACAGGGAGCGACAACGGUGCCCUUUCUCUAUGGAGCGUGCAGAAGAAGAAGCCUGUGUACAUCGAGCCCAUUGCACACGGUAUCGACCCGCCCUUAGAGCCCGAGGAGGCAUCGGCCGAGGUGAACCCAGACCCCAAGAUUGUGCCACCUCCUACACCCCGCUGGAUCACCGCUAUCCGAACCAUUCCCUACUCUGAUGUUAUUCUCACUGGCAGUUGGGAUGGUCAUAUUCGAGUCUGGCAACUUAGUGAGGACAAGCGCAAGAUCGAGUUCCGUGGUGUCCUCGCCAAGCCUGAAGACCGAGAGAAGGAGUCCUAUGAGGAGAAUGUUCAUGGCCCUCUCCAUGGUGUGGUAAACGAUAUCGACAUAUUUGAGCGUGGCGACAGAGGCAAAGAUGGUCUUUGCGUGGUUGUGGCCAUCGGUAACGAACAUCGGCUCGGCAGAUGGAACCCUCCCGCAAAGGCUGGACGCAAUGGAGGUUUCAUUUUCGAGAUUCAACGGAUACAGCGGCCAGCGGUUAACGACACAAACGAGAGCUCGAAUGACGAUGAGCAAGAUGAAUAAAAAAGCAUAAUAGAUACUUGACAAUCAACCACUCAAUAGACGUGGCGGAGACUGCAACUCACACCACAUGUUAUAUAUCGUUAGCAUAUUGGGGAAGAAUAGGUCUAGGGACCGAUGAUGCUUCAGGAGUCGGGUGUUAAAUAGGAAAAAGCCUUUGUGAUGGGUAUAAACUUUAAUCAUCUUUCUACACGUCUAAU